CUCCACCUGCUCUCCGCUCCGGCUUAGCCGCGGGCCCUCGGGUCCCCACAGAUGGAAUGAGGGGGAACCGUGCCCGAACCAGCCAAGGGUCAGGUGGGAAGAACUUUGUUCAGAAGCAGCACCGCGGGCCUCGGUUAUGCCGGUGGAAAUCAGGAAGUGAGCUGCUUGCAGCUCUUGGACAGUCGCCUGCCCCGUGUUCCUGUCUCUUAACACUGUGUGCGGGGCCACGUUGUGGAACAGUCUGAUGGGGCUGGCUCAGAUGAGGGCGCGUGGUGCCACUGGGCCCUCGGCUUCCCUCAGGGCAGCCGACACGCACCAGCCCCGUGCUCUGGAGGAGAUGGAGGAGGACACACACGGUGCUUUCUCCAGACAGAUACCUGGCCGCCUUUCUGGAUUUGUCAGAACCCUGUGCAUGGGAAGUGGGAAACUCAACUUUGAAUAUCUGCUUUUACCUUCAGGUGUCACGUCAGCUUUUUUAAUACUGGUGAUGUAAUUGCAAAAGCACACAUAAACAGUUCGGAAGGUGUGAGAAGAAAUCCACAAGUCACACGGGAAAACAGCCACCAAGCCAGCAUUCAGGCUGGGAUUCAUCCACUGUGCGGAACCAGUUGUGCUGCCAGUGGGUCAAACUGCGUAUCCUGAAAUUGAGCGAAAAAGAAGUGUGAUACGAGAAACAUUUGUUUCGUACCAAAGAUACAGUGGGAAAUAGCAAGGCAGAUCCAAUACGGGCUUCACGCUCACAGAGCUUAAUAGGGAAAGCAAGACAUUUAUAUGAAAGAAAUAGAGUACACGGCAGAACAUGCCAGAGGGCGUGCAGCCCGGGAGCUCGGGGGAGGGGUGGGGUCGCCCUGGCGGAAUUAGGCCAGUGGAGAGGACGGACUUGUGGAAUACAAGGAGGGGGCAGCCCCAGCUCUCAGGCAGCUCUGUGUUUAGUCGUAGAGAUGCAUAAACAGAUAAAUUACCGUGGAAAGUGGUGAAUGUUAUCACUGGGGCCGUGGAACCGUGGAGGACAGUCAUCAGUCCCUGGGAAGGUGGGCAGGAGCUGACCUUCAGGCUGGGUCUUGAGGACCACGGGGUUUGCCCCCAAGGGCAGGGCUGGCUCUAGGGAUGCUUCCAGGCAGAGGGAAUGGUAAGAUGCUUAUGUGACACCAGCGUGACCUUUUAUACUGCAUUGUCCUUGCAGGUGAAUCAAACAGCCCUCCUGGAACGAUUCAGGGUGGGAAGGGUCUGCAGGGUAAGAGUCAGUUUAGAACCAUCGCUCCAAAACUUGCGCCCCAAGUCCUGGCGCCCAGAGUGCUCCCGGGCCCGGCGCCCUCCCUCUCUGACCACGCGCAUCCAGGCCCGUCCCUCGGCUCGAAGGCCCUGGGGAUGCCCCCCCAGAAUUACGCGCUGAUGCAGGUGGCCGGCCAGGAAGGGACCUUCUCUCUCGUCGCUCUGCCACACGUCGCCUCGGCUCAGCCACUCCAGAAACCCAGACUGCCUCUGCCCAAGAACCUGAAGCUGCCCAUCCCCCGGUACCAACGCCCAGGACAUAGCAAAGGAGCCAGAAAGAAACCGGCGUUCAGCUCCUCCGACAGGGGCUGUAGCCAAGCUCCCGCCCAAACCCAAGCGGCCCCUCCCCUGCCUGAGCAUCCCGAGGCCCCGCACAAGCCCAGCCCACCCAAGCCGGCGCUGGCACCCGGCCAGGCCCCGGCCUCGCUGACCAAUGGGGGUGGCCAUGGAGACCCUGGGCCUCCAGGGACCAGCGACCACGGAGGUCGGGACCCUCCCGCCGCCCCAGCGCUGUCCACGCCGGAGGAGCCCUCUGCCGAGCGGGGCCUCCCGAAGAGUUCAGGGAGAGCAGGCGUUGCAGGCGAGAAGCCCUCCAGGAAGCCUGCUGUUUCCAGGGGAGAACUUAGAGAACAGGUCGACCUUGCCAGAGCUGCGAGCCAUUUGUCGCCAGGCGUUACUGGAAACGCGGUUCAGGUGGUCUCUUCCAUCCCCGGAGGUAAAGUGCCCAUCCUGCCCUACUCAAGAACGAGGGCGUCGCAAGUUUACAAAGGCGGAGCAGCUGUGAACCUUGCGGAUGUUUCUCUCCCUGGGCUCGGGGCAGCCGGUGAUAAGACCUCCUCCGUCCCGGAAGGCUUCUGUUCGGCCCCCCGGGUGGCCGACAGGGGACCUGCCCCACAGGUGUCGAGGCAGAGCCCCUGCGACAGUGCCUACUGUCCGGCCACCAAAGCCGACCUCAACCACAAAACAAAACCGAACGGCGGGGCAGCCAAGAGAAGAGGAAGAAAACGGAAAGUCCCGGAUGAACUUCUGACAUUUCAGGGUAAAAGGAGGAAACGUGUCAUUAAUAAGUGUAAAGAUGGCAAAGAAAGAGCCAAAGCCGAUCCCCAAGAAUCCAAGGACCAAACACCUGGGGCUGUGAAAAAAUACCGUAGCAUCAUGCCCAAACCUGUCCUGGUCCUGCCGGCCCUGGCUCCCCUGGCCUCGCCCGCGCCCACAUUACAGCCCCCCGCGCCCGGCAGCCGGGGGCUCGCGUCGUUCAAUCACUCCCUCGCCCCCGAGCAUCCGGGCUGCAGGCCGGACGAAGGCCCCUGCCCGAAGCCCGGCUCGGCCUUCAGAAAUGGGUUCUCCGGCCUCAAGAAGCCUUGGCACGGAUGCCACGUGUGCGAGCACACCUUGCAGCCCAAGCAGCACCUCCGCGAGCACGCCAGCACGCACGCCGACCGCCGGCCCUACAGCUGCCGCCUCUGCCGCAAAGCCUACGUGCGGCCGGGCAGCCUGAGCGCACACGUGCGGCUGCAUCACGGCGACUCCCGGCCCAGGAGGCUCGUGUGCUGCGAUUUCUGCGCGAAGGUGUUCGGCCACGUCAGAGUCUACUUCGGCCACCUGAAAGAGGCGCACGGGGUGGCCGUCAGCACCGAGCCGCAGCCGCAGCCGGGGGACCUGCUGAGGACCAGGAAGCAGACUGCCCGAGGGAUGGAGGGACCGGUGGACAGGGAGACCAAGUCCAGCCUGGAAGAAGACCUCCUUCUGAACCAGGCUGACGAGGUCAAAUUCCAGAUCAGAUGUGGCCGCUGUCAGAUCACUGCCCAGUCUUUUGCUGAAAUCAAGUUCCACCUGCUUUACGUUCAUGGAGAGGAGAUCCAGGGCCAGUUGCAAGAGGAGAUCUCACCCUCCCCGGGAAGCAGGGGAGCUCAGGGAGAACUGGUUCCACAGGCUGCUCCUUUCUGGGAACAUCCUGAGAGAAGAAAGCAGCUUAAGCACCGUCCCUUGGACGGGGAACUCUGUGCCGUCCCCAGAUUGAAAAAGCAGCUCUACCUCCGUCAUCAGAAUGAUGUGGAGAUACUUGCGAAACAUGAAGGUGCCCAGCCAGGACCCAGUGAGCCCGGAGGACACCCCCAGGGCAGCGAGGGCCCCGAGGGCCCCGGCCCUGACGCUGCCCUCUCCCCGCCGCGGCCUGGCUUUAACUGCGUCCUUUGUGCACAGACGCUGGGGAGGAGGGAAGAACUGCUCCUGCACUGGGAAGAGCAGCACAAGUGCGAGGACCCGCCGACUCUCUGGACGCUUCUCAGCGCACUCUCCAGCCAGGGUGCCGUCCAGCGUUCUGGCGAAAGCGGAAAGUGAGAGAGACCGGAAGGAAAAUGAGACAGCGAAAGCGGAAAGUGAGAGAGACCGGAAAAUGAGACGGCGAGCCGAGGGGGAAGGGGAGGCGCUCUCUCCGCUUCCUCUGUUCCGUGGAGGUGCUUCACGACAGAAAUCAAGCAAGUUAGGGUCAGCGUUAAUGAGCAGAAGUGAUUUCUGUACCUACUUUUAUUCUUCUAUGAAAUAUAUAUGUACAUAUGCCCUUGAUGCAUAUUUUUCUAACAUAAUGCAGUUUUAUUUUAAAAUUCUAUGUCCUGUUAGUAUCUGAGACUUUAUUUCAGAUUCAAUAAAAAGAUAAAUUUGCAGAUUGAA